CAGACUUUUACUACUGCGUUUUAUUACCCCGACUGUUUGUGGAUUCCGUCUAAAAGAGCUCUUACGGCAAUUUAUACCAACAUUUUGGAGCUACAUCCGCGUUAUAACGACCGUCGUUGGCUCGCCACGCUAGAAUGGCGUGAAACUUUUCGAAAAAGACGAGAUACAUUCAACUGUUGUUGGUGCAACCAGUCAUUGAAGCUCAUCUACACACACGAACACGCAGCCACAAGGUGUUUGUUGACAUUCUGCGCUACAGUCGGUGUCGUAUAUUUCUCCAUCGCCUUAACAGCAAUCAUUAACUCUCGGUUUCUUCAAUCCAACCAAGCUUGCCAAGUACUUGUCGUUGCCCAGAAGCUAACAUACAGCGUUGUCCUUUACUCUCUGUAUGGUUUCCUAUGGCUGAGGCAGAAGAUGUUUUACGAUAACCCUUCCAUGGAAAACUUAUAUAACAGAAAGCUACGUAUCGCAUCGUGGGGAGUGUUUGUAUUAGCAAUCCUGUGCUUCUUAAUUCAAGCUGUUUUGACGCUGUUGGGUUCGAAGUACCAAGUGAAAAAUAAACCUCCAGGAGUUUGUUACGAACAGGAACGAUGGUUAAGCGAGUCUCAAAUCAUUCUCGGUGCAGCAGCGAGCGCUGUGACGCACUCUUGUCUUCUCGCGCUCUUUGUGUACCCAUUAUUACGUCACAGACUGGAAACAUUAAGUGUCCUGCAUCGAAGCAACGCGGAUCCUGCAGCUGUACCUUCGCUUACGCCACGAACAUUGCGCAAGGAGUUCCAGAACAGUUUCAAACGCCACGCGUCGAUCGGAGCUACAUCAAACCGCGGCCGAAAAAACGAGCGCCGACUCCCGCUGUUAAUUCGCCGAUGUGUGAUCUUAACUUCAAUAUGCGUGAUGGUGAACAUUGCAGCUACUGUGCUCACCGCUACUUUAUACAAGAGCGAGAACAAACUCGCAACAGUUCUAUACGGGGCCAACCUCCUGGUGAACUUAUCAUGCUCGGUAGGGUUUUUCCGCCAGUGGCGGCAAAUUAUCUUUCCCCCAUCCGUUAGGUGUCGCAACCCUGAGGAAGAUGUUUCAAUGGACGCCACGAGAAACUCCAUUGAUAGUCGAAGCGAAUACGCCAAGAUCCGAAUAUCGCGUAAAAUAACCAACAGUUCAGAUGUACGUGUCUAAACGCUACAAUUGCUUUAUUAUUUGUGUUGUUUUAUUGGUUUAAUUUAUUCCUUCUAUAGGCCUAUGUUCGAUUUUGUCAGAGUGGGACUAUUACUUCAACUACCACAAUUAGUUCAAUAUUGUUUUACUGUCGCUAUUCAUUCCUACAUAUAUAUGUGCUCUAUGUUCGGACUAGUACUACAUGCUGCUUCCACUACACUGUUGAUUUUAAAACUUCUGCCAAUUUAACAGCAGUAAAAAAAAACAGUUUUAGGGUGUUACAAAUGUGCAACCUACAUGUGCUGUGAUAUGAAAUACUGGCUGUAAAGUAAGCCUUUUUAAACUAGCAUUUCUAUAUUACUGUGUGGUAAUGAAUACCCUUAGCGCAUAAUAUCAUGUAGUUUUUACCAAGUAACAGUCAUAUAAUUCUGCAAACAUUCUUUGUUUGCUACCAAAUGGGACGAUAAAAAACAUAAACCAUCUUGCCCCAACUUUGUGCUAUAUGCAAAUUAUGCCGAAUUUUUAAUUCUUUAAAUUCUUUUAUUCAUUAUGUUGUACUGUAAAGCAUGUAUUCUUAUAUAAUAUGCGUUUUGUGAUAAAAUCUCUCAUGAUCUGAUAGAGAUUUGCUUGACAUACGUUGCCCCAGCUGUUGUUACUACAGUAUUACUAAAUAAAGUUCAAACUGUUUGGAUA